GCCUCAGGAGGAGCAGGGGAGACGCGGCCGCCAUCUUGUGCGUGCAGCGAUAGCCAGUCAGCCGAGCCAGGCGGGCUGAACGGCCCCCGUGCCUUGGCGAGCUCUCCGGAUUGCUCCCCCUCCCCGCCUCCCGCUUCGCUCCCGGGGCUGUGACGGAGAAGCGGAGGCCGCCUCCGCCUCCUUUUGUUUUUAUUUUUCCUUUCCCCUCACCGCCCCCCUCCCGCGGGGGGGUUUACGUUGCUGCGCUGGGGGAGGAUGAACGGAGGAUAAAUGGUGCCCAAGGCAGACAGCGGCACCUUCCUCCUCCUCUUCCUCCUGGUACUUAGCAUCACCGAGCCGUUGCGGCCAGGUGCAAGACUAGCUCUGGCAAGACUUCUUUCAGAACUGCGCUGCAUCCCAGGGCAAUUCGCUUGUCGCAGUGGCUCCAUCCAGUGCAUCCCAUUGAACUGGCAGUGUGAUGGAUGGCCCACCUGUGAGGAUGAGAGUGAUGAAGUUGACUGCCCAAAUUUUACUGGGGACCAGCGCACUUACCACGGGAAGGAUAAUGCGGAUUCCAGGCACAAUCGCGGAAGAGGAGGGGACACGACCCGCUUCCACACCGUCAAUGUGGCACAGCCAGUGCGGUUCAGCAGGAAGUGCCCGUCAGAAUGGCAUCACUACGAGGGCACGGCUAGCUGCUACAGAGUAUACUUAAGUGGCGAGAACUACUGGGACGCCGUCCAGACCUGUCAGAGGGUGAAUGGAUCCCUGGCCACUUUUACAACUGACCAGGAGCUCAAGUUUAUCUUGCAGCAGGAGUGGGACUCGCAAGAUAAAGCCUUUGGGAGGAAAGACCAGAGUAGGUUCUGGGUCGGAUACCAGUAUGUCAUCACAAACCGAAAUCAUUCUCUGGAAGGUCACUGGGAGGUUGCUUACAAAGGUUCAUCAGAAGUAUUUUUGCCCCCUAACCCUACCUUCAGUACGUCCGUGUCGGAAAACGAAAACAUCCUUUGCGCCCAGUUCCAAUGUUCCCACUUCCCGACCCUGCGGCACCGCGGUUUUCACAGCUGGUAUGCUGAAAACUGCUAUGAGAAGUCUUCAUUCCUCUGCAAAAGAAGCCAAACCUGUGUAGAUAUAAAAGACAACAUUGUUGAUGAAGGCUACUAUUUCACCCCGAAAGGAGAUGACCCCUGUCUGAGUUGCACGUGCCACAAUGGCGAGCCAGAGAUGUGCGUGGCGGCCCUAUGUGAGCGGCCUCAGGGCUGCCAGCAGUAUCGGAAGGACCCCAAGGAGUGCUGCAAGUUUACUUGUUUAGAUCCUGACGGCAACAGUUUGUUCGACUCCAUGGCGAGUGGCAUGCGCCUUAUCGUGAGCUGCAUCUCCUCCUUCCUGAUCUUGUCCCUGCUCCUCUUCAUGGUCCAUCGGCUACGGCAGCGGCGCAGGGAGCGCAUUGAGUCUCUGAUCGGAGCAAACCUGCACCACUUCAACUUGGGUCGCAGGAUGCCUGGUUUCGAUUACGGCCCCGAUGGCUUUGGGACUGGACUCACGCCGCUCCACCUUUCCGAUGACGGGGAAGGUGGGGCGUUUCAUUUCCACGACCCUCCUCCUCCCUACACAGCGUACAAAUACCCAGAUAUCCAGCAUCCCGAUGACCCACCUCCGCCGUAUGAAGCUUCCAUUAACCCAGACAGCAUUCUUUGUUCUCCCCCAGGUGGAAUCCAUUCCCAGACAGGCCAGAGCAACCAGCUGUCCCUCGGAAACGGCGACGCAUCUCCGCCGCUGACAGAGGAAUCUCUUCCUCCUUCGGUCGGCCCUUCUCCAGCAGAGCUGGAAGACUCUGUUGACAGCAGCACCCUGCUCGUACCUCCCGACACGCCCUUAAGUGAAAGCCCGCCGGCAGAGACACUUUCAGGCAGCCUCCACAGUCACUGUUCUCUGAAUACCAUUGUAUAAAGGAAAAAUUGGGGGGGGGGGCGGGAGGGGAUUGGAAAAAAAGAAAUCUUACUGCCGGUCAGAAAUAAAUUUUUGAGCAACUGUUUGCACACCAGAUGUACAGACGGACACUAAUGGACCGAACUUCAGAAAUAAGCUCCGCUCCUUGUUUCUCUUUUCUUUCUUUUUCUCUUAUUUAGGACACUACUUUUAUGUUCUAGGAAAUCAUGCGUCUUGGCUGUUGCUGUCAUUUUCUAGCCUGGUUGGGUUGCCCUCUUUAAAUUUUAUUUUAUUUUUGUUUUUAAAAAAAGGAUUAUGGAAGCUGCACCUUUCUCACUAAUGGUGGGAAGAAUGCAGAGGAUGUUCUUUUUUAUUUUUCUUGAACAACAGCAUCCCAACUCUUUGUUCGCAAGGAGGAAGAAAAAGCACGGAUAGCUUUUUGUCGCCUGGCCUCUUUCCACCUCCCUUGUGAAUCACGGGAAACCGCGAGCUGUACAUUGGAUGGAGACGUUUCUUGAAUUUUGUGGGGACGGGGCUACAGGAGCUUGGAAACUCAGAAGCGGUUACAGAGAGCCUGCCUGCUGGAGAAUCUCUUUUGUCGCCCUGAAACGCUCCCCGGCCGCAACUCAGACCUUUCCUCCUUGAGCACAGAAGAUUGGAUUUUGGUGCUGCUUGUUGGGUGUCCCUUUGAACAGAAGGCAGAACCACAACCCCAUCACCCUCCUGGCAGAUAGAAACAUGAGCCAAAGACAAGAGAGGCAGGUGGACGUGGAUAUUCAGCUUUUGAUUGUCAUGUUCCUUUCAACACUGCCUUGGAGGACGGACUGCGAGGUUUAAAAAAGGGUUUGAUGGAUACUUACUUGGCUGUUUCCUCAACGUAGCGCAGUGAGAUCCAAAUGUUUGCGGGCGGGGGGGGCAAAGGGGAGGGUUUGCAAAAAUUUGCUUCCUUCUCUGUGAAACUGCAAGUCCUGUACAGCGGCUCUUUUAAACUCUGUGACCCGCAAUGCAAUGGCUUCUAACAGGCAUUGUGCAUUUUUAAGGUUCUGGGUUUGGGGGAUGAAAUGGUGCCGGUAACUCCAUAAAGCUUCAAUGAAUUGGUCCAGUGUCAUCAGGUUUCCCGCCCCCCCUACUCAUAUUUAAUUCUGGGUUUUCAUUAGAAUUACUUAGAUCAAUGUUAAUUUUACACCACUGGGGGGUUGAUCAUUGAAGCCUUAAAGGAUCAUUAAAAAAAUUAGGCAACCCUAGAGAACAAUAGCAGGCUUUUUGGGUGAGGGUGGAGUUUAGCACAGCAGUAAAUAUUGCGUCCGAGCAAUAGCCACUGUUGUCAUAAGUGGGAUUGGGAUUGAAAGAGUCACUAGGCAGGUGGCUGGGUUUCUUCUUUCCUUUUUUCCCCUCCCCACCGUCCUCUUUGGUCCCCGGCACUUGACAAAAGCCGUCGCCAGUGAACGUUGCUGGAAUUCAUGACGAACCCGGUUCGGAAGAUGCGUUUUGUACAGUUUAGGUCAUGACGCGCAGGGUGUUAUUCUCCCCUGAGCAGUUUUGUCUCCAGUUUGAAAGGCAAGGUGCGUUGCGUUCCAGAGAGCUUGUAAAUAGCGAGGAGGUUUCUGAAUUGAGCCGAGAGGACGCCUCUCGUCGCUAGCUAGUUUCCUUUUGGAGAGGCUGGCCAGGCGAGGAGGUGGUAAUCUCCAUCUUUUCACUGAUGUGUUCCUCUUACCUUAUGAAAGGCAGGAAGCCUAGAGGGACAGGAAAGGAACAUGGAGUGUGUGUGUGUGUGUGUGUGUGUGUGUGUGUGUGUGUGAGAGAGAGAGAGAGAGAGAGAGAGAGAGAGAGCGCGCGCGCGCUACUUUCCCACUUGCUGACCAGGCUAGUUCAGGCCCCAGCUUGUCAGGGUGCCUUUCCAUUUCGCCUGCAUUGCAUUGGGUGUAUUCCCAUAUGCAAUAUUUUGCAGGGGUCUUUUCUAUUUUUCUACACUAGGAUUUGUGAUAGUAACCACCACGUGGGCUGUGUUUAAAGGAAGAGGGCAGGCUUCAUUACGCAGAAGGUCCCAAUCCCCGACAUCUCCGGGUAGGGCUGGGGGAAAGGAGCCCUCUCUGAAUCCCCGGAGAGCUGCUUGCCCGUCGGGAGCUGAUGGUACCCACUCGGCAAGCCAUUUGCCCGAGUCUGUAUAGGGCAGCUGCGAAGAGCCCCUGAAAACAAUCAGCACAAGCCGAUGGAAGACAAUUUGCAGCGCGGCAAUCACGGUCCUGUCCAAGCAUGUUAGAUAAUCAUUGAUAAGAGGAUCCCCUUUCCUCGACGAGCGUUGCAGACACAGCCCUUCUGGCGGCAUAGGAUAGGCUCAUACAGUUACCCUCCUUCAGAGCACAGAAGUGCUCUGUGGAGUUGUCCCGGGGGGGUGUGGUGUGAAACUGCAAGGAAACCCGUCUUGUAAUAGGAUUUUGUGUAACAAGCAUUGAUAGGUUGGCGGAACGGGUCCCCCCUCUCCUCCCUGUGGUGGCCGAGCCAGACCCGACGGCUACUGCAAAGCCCGGCUUCAAAUGUGAUGUCCUCUGAAUGGUUGCAGAAGUUGCCUCGCAGCCGAGGGAAAUCUGGUUCCUGGAUUUCUUGCACCCACACACCCAGGAUGUAGUGCAGGACAAGAGGGAGUCCUCCUUUAUUGAGAGGACUUGCAGCUCCUUCUGCCUCUCGGCUGCGAGUCCGGGUGUAGCUGGACUGUUGUGGCCACAGGUACGUGUUCUGAGUUGGAUGGUGCUGAGCGUUUCUGAAGUAUGAGAAAUAAAAGCGGGUUUUGUGCGUUUUUUAGCACACUCAUAAGUUUUAUACAUUGUAUGUACUGGCUUCUUGAGUUUUGUACGUGUGUGAGAGUGAGUGUUCAGGGUGCUGAGUAUACCUGCAUGUUCUGCCGCUUGCGAUCUUAAGCAAAGCAAAGCAGAGUAGCAUGAGAUAGGAACUGGUUCUCCCCAGGCUGCAGAGCUGGCCCUUGGAUUCGUUCUGCAGCAGGUGGGUCUGGGCCUAAGAGCGAAGUAAGACGCCCAGUCCCUGAAGUCCUUCAAUAUCAGAGCUCAGCUCGGUUAACCCAAGCGUUUGAACUGAUCGUCACAUGCAGCCAGUCCUCAGUGUGUUAUUGCUCGGAACUGCCCAUGCUUUGCAGUGGGUCAGUGGAAGGUAAUACUGUACAGUCAUACCUCGGGUUAAAUAUGCUUCAGGUUGAGUGUUUUCAGGUUAUGCUCCGCGGUGACCUGGAAGUAAUGGAAUGCGUUACUUCCGGGUUUCGCCGCAUUCGCAGACGCUCAAAAUGACGUCACGCAGAAGCGGCGAAACGCGACCCACGCACGCGCAGUCGCGUGUUACAUUCUACUCAGGAUGCAAAUGGGGCUCCGGAAUGGAUUUCGUUCGCAUCCAGAGGUACCACUGUACACAAAGCUAUUAAGAGUGUCCCUUUGAAGGCUUCUGUCCCUUUCCCAAGCGCCAGUGUUUAUUUGUUCUAUUAGCCUGUGGAGAUCUUUUAAUUUUCUUCCUGCGUUGCUUCUCGGGGCAUUGCCAGAAAGACUAGCCUGGAGAGCAGAAGACUGAGAGGGUGAGAUGAGAGCCACCUUCAAAUAUCUGAAGGGCUGGCACAUGGAAGAUGGAGCGAGCUUGUUUUUCUGCUUCUCCGGAGAGGACUCGAACUGAUGGAUUCAAAUGGCAGGAAAGGAGAUUCUGGCGGAACGUUAGGAGGAACUUUCUAAGGAUGAGAUCUGACAGGGGAACAGAUUGCCUUGGGAGAUGAAGCAGAGGUUGGAGGGAUUCUUUAGCUGUGAUUCCUGCAUUGCAGGGGGUUGGACUAGAUGACCCUUGGGGUACCUUCCAACUGCAGUUCUAUAAGGCCUAAUGCAGGUGCCAUAGUUAACUGCAGAACCAAUUUGCAAUGCUCAUCAGUAGUUCUUGUCUUGGGGUACAUGCCCCCCCCCCCCGGCACUAUAGGCUCCUGCAUCUUGCAAAUAGCCCAAUUGUUUCCCCCUCUCUGUCUAUUUUUAAUACUGUUUUGCCCCAUUUUUUUAAAAAAGCCGAUAUCAGCAGUAAAGGUUCUGCAUAUCUUUCCACAGAUGUCUGAUUGAGGCUAUUGAUCUUUAACUCGGAUAUCAGAGCAUAAAUGUCUUUAGCGGUUAAUCUUGUAGCCACAGGUUCCAUGUUGACCAAUUGCUUGGGAGUGGUGCAGGAUGAAGAGCAGAAACAAACAAACCGACAACAAACCUUUUAAAAGCCAAACUCUUAAUUUGAGACAAAUAGGCCCCUGCUAUGAAUUUCAGUUUAUUAAAACAAAGUCUAUUUUGGGGUUUUGUUUUGUUUUUUUUGCUAUUGAAAUGACACAUCCCUCUGCUUACAAGAUGCCCUUUGCAAACCCUCUUGGGCGUGCGGUUUGUGCACGAAGGUAUUUUUGUGUGUGUGUGUCUCUCCCCUCCCCCCAAUUCAACGUACACAAAACAAUAGUCUUACUUUGGUCUGGAGGGAAGAAACUUCUCAUCGGUUCUGGGGACCCAGACGUCGUUCUUCAAACAUUGCAUGUUUGGACAUAGGCUUGGUUGACUUCCAGUUCAUGUCUCCUCCCACCCCCAGAUGUGGGUCUUGUGUUUGAAAGGGAUGAUUGUGUUGGGUUUCUGUACAUACCGCUCCCAGUACAGCGAGCAGGGAAGGCAGACUCCCGGAAACCUUUGCCGCACAGUGUCAAUUUCAACAGGCCGGCAUGCGGUUGUGGAGAUGGGGAAGAGAGACAGGAAAGAGCACUUAAUAGACUGCGUGCCCUUGGCCAAAUUAAACCCCAGCUAACGUGAAAAAGUGAAGGCAAGCCAGCAGCAGCAGAUGGGUUCAGAGGUGGUUUCCAUUCCCCAGUUUUAAGGGGAUUUUUCUUCGUAGGCACGAAGAGCCAGUUCACACUGGCUGAAUUCCAGCCCCUCUCAUCUUUUUAUGAUGGGGAAACACCAAGGGGGAGGUCUCUAACUCUGGGUAGACCCAAGGUUUGCUUGUGAAAGAUCCAAGACUCAUCCCCUGACAGCUCCAGGUUGCAUUAUGGAAAACUCCAGAGAGCUGCUGCCAGUCAGUGUAGACGGCAGGUGGGAAUCCUGUGGUCUCAACAGGAGUUGGGCUCCAUGAACAUCUGGAGAUCCUCAGGUCCUUUUCUCCCUCUCCACCUCCCCCAGUGUAGACAAUUUGUGAGCCAGACGGACCAAUGAUUUGACGCAGCGCAAGGAAGCUUUCUGUGUUCAAAUCUCUUAAUUGCCACGCUUCUUUUUCUGACGGCUGGAUGCUAGACUUGCUGUUUGCUUGGGACAUGCAUACAAGGCGACAAAUGAGACACUUGCUUAUUAGCUUCUCGAAAAUCACUUUUAGCCAAGGCUGUGUGUCUGCAGGACUCCCCCCACCCCGUGUUGUUGAUUUGUGAUUGGAUGUCCCUGUGGCUGUGUGUGCGUGUGUGUGCGUGUUAAAUAAUAAAAAAAGAGAUUUUGAUAUUCCAUGAAAAUACUAUGUAGAAAAGAAAUUUGAUACUGUAAUAGUUCGGUCCCUGUGACAUUUUUUUUAAGUUUUAAUGUUUUGAUUUAUUAUUAUUAUUAUUUUAUUUUUUAGGAGAAAAAGAGGGUGGGAUGGGAUGACACUAAUCUUUUAUUUUUCUCAAGAUGCUGUGAGAGACAUUUCAUCCAAAUGCCAAAUAAAUCGUGUUCUGUAAAGAGG